AUGGGUAUCCCGGCAGAUAACAAGACAGUCCUGAUCACAGGCUGCACCCCAGGGGGAAUCGGCCAUGCCUUGGCAAAAGAGUUUCACGCCAAAGGACUGCAUGUCAUCGCAACGGCCCGCCGACCUGAAGUUAUCGCAGACUUGCGCGACUUGGGUUUGACGACACUGCCACUCGAUGUCACUGACAGCGACAGCAUUGCAAUUUGCAAGACAAGAGUCUGCGAACUGACUGGAGGCCGUCUCGAUUUCCUUGUGAACAACGCUGGCUUGACGCAUACAAUCCCAGCAACCGACAUAAACAUGGACGAAGUUCGACAGACUUUUGAGACAAACGUCUUCGGCGUCAUGGCUAUGGUUCAGGCUUUUGUGCCACUGUUGAUCCCGGCUCGCGGUCUCAUCAUCAUGAUUAGCAGUCUCUCCUCGAUUUCUCCCUAUGUUUUUGGCUCAGUCUACACGGCCACCAAGGGCGCUAUGAACUCAUACAGCCGUACACUUCGUCAAGAGCUUCGUCCGUUUGGCGUGCGUGUCAUGGUCUCAAUGACUGGCACUGUCAAAAGUCAUAUUGCUAAGCUCUAUCGCGAACUGCCGCCCAAUUCGCUAUACACUCGCGUCAAAGACAUAUUUGCCAACCGCCUUACGUUUUCCCAGAACACCGCGACUGUUUCAACGGGAGAAUUUGCCCAGCGACUUGUAGCAGAGGCACUUAAAGGAGAGGGCUGGCUUGGUGGCUGGAUCGGAGGAGCUACGAAUUGGUUCUGGGCUGGCGGCAUGGCCCGAUCAGUCUGGUUGGCUCGGUUACUUUUCGGUGAGUGGCUGUUGGAUGAAUUGGCCUACAGGAAGUUCGACAUGCCAAAACUAGAGGCAAUCGUACGUAAAGAUGGUGUUAAGAAAGUGGACUAG